AUGGUACGAUCAAUAAUAUAUACUUAAGAUUGCAUUUUAUAACAAGCUUUUAUAUGAAAGUGAUGGUGCUCCCAAAAAACAAAAUCAUCCACAAAUAUAUUGGCAUUCUUAAAAAAAUUUUAGGAGCAUAAGCCAAAUGAUGAGUUAAAAUUUCUAUAUAGUCUUAUGA